GACAGACCCCUGACACGCCUGCGAAGCCCACAAGAAGCCUCCCCAGUCCCCCCGGCAGGCAUCUCCAGAGAAUGGCGUUCGGUUUCCCCAGCGACAAACAGUGACUGGCAUCGCGGAGAUGCCAGCUCGUGGCGGUGGGGCCGGACUUGUCGCCAGUCCCUAGCGGACCCCCGGAGCUCUGUUCGGAGUCCAUAGCAAGCACCACGACGGACAGUCUGCUCUGCACCGUUGUACCGCCGCUGUAUGGCACACAUACAUGCGGAUAUACUCACUGCCCUCCACGCUUCCCUUCGGUGCUCUUCUACAGAUGCUUCCGUGCAUGCUGCGAUGCAACUCGAUUUCCCAAAACGGACAGUGCAGGACUCACAAUCAGUGUGGCCCCUUUUCGAUGCAGCAACAAGUCACUGCCAUCCCGCUGCCAGCUCCCCUGCUGCUCAAGCAUAAAGUAGUUAUUCAUUGGCCCCACGCACGGACUGUGCAAUGCCCGAGCGUCUUGGAGGUCCAUGGCGUCACCAGACUCUAUGAUGCGUUCGCUGCAGCCACAAACCGCGUCUUAUGUACACGAAGGUACCAAGUUGGAAGAGCACCAGAGAUAUGGUGGUGUGCUGUGCAGCUCAUCAGAAGCAAGUCCGCUAAUACAUAGUAAGAAUACCACAAGCCGCAUGAGAAGAGUAAGUGACACGCUGGGCUGUGGCUGAGACUUGCGGAGAAGCAACUUUCU